UUAUAUUUACAAGAUGGCUUUAAUCAACCACUUAAUUUUAUACCACCCACCGUACAAACGUUGUUUUUAGGAAACAUCAAGUAUCAACUAACACCUGAUUCAAUUCCAGCAACAGUUAAACAUUUAUCUUUACGAGAUGGCUUUAAUCAACCACUUAAUUUUAUACCACCCACCGUACAAACGUUGUUUUUAGGAAACAUCAAGUAUCAACUAACACCUGAUUCAAUUCCAGCAACAGCUACACAUUUAAUAUUACUUGAUGGCUUUAAUCAACCACUUAAUUUUAUACCACCCACCGUACAACACUUGUAUUUACAAAACAUCAAGUAUCAAUUAACACCUGAUUCAAUUCCAGCAACAGUUACAGAUUUAUAUUUACUUGAUGGCUUUAAUCAACCACUUGAUUUUAUACCACCCACCGUACAAAGGUUGUAUUUAUAUAACAUCAAGUAUCAAUUAAUACCUGGUUCAAUUCCAAAUCAUUUAACUUUUCUUAUUUUUGAUUAUGGUUUUUCUCAACAUUUUACAAAAGGAAUUAUCCCUGAC